GCGGAAGCUGUGAAAAUUACAUACAUCGGUUGACUCAGCCGAGUCUCGAAACUCUCUCCCAUGUACGGGCCACCGCACGCCUCCAUGAAUAACCCCACCGCCGACCACCGCCUCCACCGCCAGGGUACAACUCGUAUCGACGAAGACGAUGAGGACGACGUCUUCCAGUGCUCUAAUGGGGACGAGUCCGUGGAAAACCCUUCAUCCCAGAUCGGGUGCGACCCGGCGAACAACUCCCACUCGCCGCACGCGCUGGCCACCAUAGAGGCGCCAGUGGAGGCGAGUGGCCCCCACGGUCUCUACAACCCGGACAUGGAUCCGGCGGCGCCGCCAGACGCCGGGGAGGGUGGGGCCGACCAGCUCACCCUGUCGUUUCAGGGGGAAGUUUAUGUUUUCGACUCGGUUUCCCCGGAAAAGGUCCAGGCAGUUUUGUUACUAUUGGGCGGAUAUGAAGUACCCGCAGGUAUCCCUACUCCUGGGAUGACUCCUCAAAAUCCUAGGAAUAUGGGCGAUUUUCCUGCGAGGUCGAGCCAUCCACAGCGUGCUGCCUCUUUGAACCGGUUUAGAGAAAAGAGGAAAGAGCGAUGUUUCGAGAAAAAGAUCCGAUAUACCGUUCGCAAGGAAGUUGCUCUCAGGAUGCAGCGUAAGAAAGGGCAGUUCACAUCGUCCAAGUCAGUUGGUGAAGAAACAGGUUCAUCUGCUGAUUGGAAUGGAACUUCGGGCUCAGAAGAGCAAGAGACCUUGUGCCGGCAUUGUGGGACUAGCUCAAAAUCCACUCCUAUGAUGCGACGUGGGCCAGAUGGCCCACGAACUCUGUGCAAUGCUUGUGGUCUCAAAUGGGCCAACAAGCUUGAGCGUGAAGCAAAUGGAAUAGAUAGAGUCUUGCCACCAGCCAACAUGAUAACAUCUUCCAGUGGAGACAACUGAUUUAUUUCACCUGCUCGGCAGUUAAAAAUAAGAACUUGCCAGCCUACCUUCUCUUUAGCCAUUAAGCAUUAAGAGUAAGCUGUAAAUAUAUUUUCCGUACUGGGUUUUGUCGGGUAUAUGUGGAUCACAUACACUACUCAUCCUUGUGUAUUCUUGGUUUUUCGUAUUUUCCCAAUAUAUGUUGGAAUUGGGUUUUGCAGAUUUGGCGUUUCAUAUAUUUAAUGUUAAUAGGAAAGCUGCAUAUGUUCUUCAUUUGUCUCUGGUUUUAUGUGCAGGAGCUUUACUAAUAUUGCUUGUGCUCUCUCUCUCUAGGCACAUUUGUAGUUUAGAUGAAAAUGGAGCUUAUUUUGAAUAAUCUUAUAAUUAGCUCGUAACA